AUACAGUGACAGCAGCUUCCAAGAUGGCGGCUUUCCCAGCUGGGCCGCUUCUCAGAUUUGGCAAAUGAUUAGUUGGUGAUCUCUCAUUGCCAGAUUGGAGCAGGUAGAGUUGGAUUGAGACGCCUCAGGGAGCUCCUGCAAGAUCAAGUCUGAGUACCAGGCAGACUGGUAUACAAAUCUGGAUUGCCAGUCCAGCUGUGGCCCACCUUGAUGAAGCCACUUACGGCUAUUACUGUACUCAUUGGCUUUCCCUGCCUUGAUGCUAAGUGGAAUUUUAUGUAUCUGCCUGUUAAUGCUCCUGUGUGGUUUACGGCUAUGGCUCCAGCAAAGAAAAAAUCAGCUAAUUCCACCAGGGCAAAAUGGGAAAAGGCCAGUUGUGGUUGCAUUUUUUCAUCCAUAUUGCAAUGCAGGAGGAGGAGGGGAGAGAGUAUUGUGGUGUGCCCUAAGAGCACUGCAGAAAAAGUAUAAGGAUGUCUCCUAUGUUAUCUAUACUGGUGAUACUGAUGUCACAGCUGAGAAUAUCCUUGAAGGUGCUUACAGACGAUUCAACAUCAGAUUAAAUCAACCUGUGAAAUUUGUGGUUUUGAGUAGGCGCUAUCUAGUGGAAGCUUCCCUUUACCCACAUUUCACUCUGCUGGGUCAGAGUUUAGGAUCUGUGUUUCUUGGCUGGGAAGCUCUUGUGAACUGUGUUCCUGAUGUUUACAUUGACUCUAUGGGCUAUGCCUUCACGCUUCCUCUUUUUAAAUAUUUAGGAGGUUGUCGAAUAGGCUGUUAUGUUCACUAUCCUACAAUCAGCACUGACAUGCUUUCUGUUGUUAGGAAUCAGAAUGAUCGAUUUAAUAAUUUGGCAAAAAUCACACAAAGUCCUCUAUUAAGUAAAUUGAAACUUGCAUAUUAUUAUAUUUUUGCUUCUAUAUAUGGCUUAGUUGGUUCUUGCAGUGACAUUGUCAUGGUUAAUUCUUCAUGGACUCUCAAUCACAUCCUUUCCCUUUGGCGGUGCAGUGACCGCACAAGCAUUGUGUAUCCACCUUGUGAUGUUCAGACAUUCUUGGAUAUUCCUCUGUCUGAGGAAAAGAGCACUAUAGAGCAAACUAUUGUUUCUGUAAGCCAGUUUAGACCAGAAAAAGACCACUGUUUGCAGAUCAGAGCCUUUGCUAAAUUGUUGGAAAAGACUGCAGGGCAGCAGUUGCUACCCAAACUCAUUCUGAUUGGGGGCUGCCGUAACCAAGAUGACCAUCAGCGUGUAAAUGGACUUAAAAAGCUCUGCCAAGAGUUGGACAUUGAAAAAAGGGUGGAAUUCAAAGUUAAUAUUCCAUUUGAAGAGCUAAAGCAACAUCUGGCAGAUGCAACCAUUGGACUUCACACCAUGUGGAAUGAACACUUUGGGAUUGGAAUUGUUGAAUGUAUGGCUGCUGGCACAAUUAUCCUUGCUCACAAUUCUGGAGGCCCCAAGUUGGACAUUGUGGUGCCCUAUGAAGGAAGCAUUACAGGAUUUCUAGCAGAAAAUGAAGAUGAUUAUGCAGACACUAUGGCUCAUAUCUUUUUAUUGUCUCCUACAAAAAGGCUAGAGAUCAGACAAAAUGCUCGACAGUCUGUGAGAAGAUUUGCUGAACAAGAAUUUGAGGAAACAUUCCUAUUAUCUGUGGAGCAGUUAUUUAAAUAAAAUUUUGUAUAUAGAUA